AUGGCGGAUGGAAUAUCAAGCUUUUGGGGGCCUGUCACAUCUACACAUGAGUGGUGUGAGCCAAAUUAUGUCUACUCUUCCUAUAUUGCCGAAUUUUUCAACACCAUGUCUAAUGUACCAGGCAUUAUAUUAGCACUCAUUGGUCUCGUGAAUUCCCUGAGACAACGUUUUGAGAAAAGGUUUAGCAUCCUUCACAUAUCAAAUAUGAUACUCUCCAUCGGCAGCAUCCUAUAUCAUGCCACGUUACAGCGGCUGCAGCAGCAAGGUGAUGAAACACCCAUGGUGUGGGAAAUGCUCCUAUAUAUUUACAUCCUAUACUCACCAGAUUGGCAUUAUCGGAGUACAAUGCCCACAUUUUUGUUCCUCUACGGGGCAGUUUUCGCCGUUGCACAUUCACAGCUCCGCUUUGAUAUUGGUUUUAAGAUGCACUACUUGCUGCUUUGUUUUCUUUGCAUUCCUCGGAUGUACAAGUAUUACAUUUACACAGACAACAAAUCUGCUAAGCGGCUUGCAAAGGUGUAUGUCGCCACUUUAUCUGCUGGAAGCCUCUGCUGGCUAGUUGACCGUCUGUUCUGCAAGGACAUCUCGCGCUGGUUCUUCAAUCCACAGGGUCAUGCAAUGUGGCAUGUUUUCAUGGGUUUUAACUCUUACUAUGCGAAUACGUUCUUGAUGUUCUGCCGUGCCCAACAGCUCGGGUGGGAUCCAAAAGUUAAGCACUUUUUGGGAAUUUUCCCCUAUGUGAAUAUUCAAAAACCGAAAGCCCAGUAG